AUGGCUGUCGCAUCGUAUUUCCUUUUCAAGCAAGAAGUGGCGCACACGUCGUGGAGACCCUUGCUGAGUUUUCUGACACAAGUAAAUCCCGAGGUCGAGAAGUGGUUCAAGGCAAGACCAGCCAACGCUCAUUACCUUUCUGCGAGAAAUUCAACAGACUGGUUGGAGGCGUUUGGAGCGACAAUCAAGGAAACGACCGUAGAGAAAGUGAAGACAUCUUUCUCGACAUUCGAGAAGUUUUCUUACAUGGCUGAUGAAUGCACAGACAUCAAUGGAAGACAAAUUUUAAGCCACUGCGUUCGUUAUCUUGAUGCCAACGGCCUCCCCACGGACGCAUUUCUUGCUGUCGAGGUUAUUGAUGACACAUCGGCCGCAUCUGUGACAUCGCAAAUUUUGAAAGAGUUGAGCACGUCUGGGUUGGACUCGACCAAGAUGGCUUCCUGUGCAUUCGAUGGGGCAGCGAACUUCUCUGGUCGGCAUGGAGGGGUACAAGCCUUACUCAAGCAGCAAUGCAACCCCCAUCUUUGUUAUACUCACUGCAGGGCACACUUUCUGCAGCUUGCGUUGGUGCGAGCUGCAGAGUCGUCAAAGGAAAUCAAGCGGACCAUCAGCUUGGUCUCCUCGCUCUACUUUUUUUUCAGCAAGAGCGCCAAGCGCCUGAGCGUCCUUGAAAAAAUUGAGGAUGCCUUAGGAUUGAAGCUGAAGCUAGUGCGACCCGGAAAAACUCGCUGGCUCUCCCACGAGCAGUCGUUGUCCGUGAUUCUGAGGCUACUUAAGCCUUUGCUGGUGGCCUUAGAAAGCAUUUAUCAACAUGGUGGUGACAUGAGCAGUGAAGCUGGCGGGCUAUUGCUGCAACUGCGGUCAGAGAAAACGAUUGCAAUUAUUUCUUUUGUGGAUCGUCUGUUCAAGCCAUUGGCGUCUUUGAACAGCACCAUUCAAAAUACUUCUACGACUGCGGUAGACUUAUGUCCUCUUGUCGAGGCAACAACUGAGGCGAUUGUGGAACUUUCGGUCGAAGGAGGGCUCAGAGACGUAAACACAUCGGUGCAGGACCUAGAGAAAAGUAGCACUCACAUCCAAGCGCUAACACCCGAUGACCAAAAAAGCUUAGCAUUCCAACUAACAAAGUACAAAGAACUGAUUCUCGCGAGUCUCCGAGAACGACUUGUAGACUGCUAA